AUGGAGAGAACGUGUCCAUGGAUAUCUCCGAUAUUUGCCGUCGGAGACGAAGACGAUAAUCGGUCGGAAGUUCACCAUAAUCUUCAUUUGAAGAACGAAAACGAGACGGCGUCCUGCAAUCUCUUCAGGCUUGGUGCUCGUGGAAGCGCUCACAUUCUCCGUAAGUCUAAUGUCACCCAGCUUGGCUGUCAUCUAAGCGCGAUGAAUUCGUUCAAUAUUGGCAAGGCCUUGCACCAAUUUGACGACGAGUCACAUCGCUACAAUCUCCGCUCUACUGCUCAAUUGCGGGUGACUUCUAUCAUCGGAAAAGGUUCUGAAAUAUACUCUUCCACUGGUAAAUCUGCAGAAGAGCAUCUCAAGCAAAAUGGCUCUGCCGUUUGA